AUGUCUGAAGCAAUCGAGUUGACCGAAGCUAAGCUACGUGUGUUGAAGGUGCCAGAACUUAAAGAUCUACUCAGCAAGAGGGGGCUUACCAUAACUGGAAAGAAAGAAGAGCUAGUGGCUCGGAUCAUUGCCUUUGAGCAGAACAAGCAGCGUAACUCUAUCUCGAUUGAAGAAGCCAACGAGACGGCUGACCACGUCUCUGAUCUCAAAUCAUCAAUAAAACCAAGCCACGUCCCGACGAACAAUGUCAUUACCAACGACGUCCACUCAACGGCAAAGGAGCACCACUCCCCAAACGAUGACGACUUCAGGCUGGACGACAUUGCUUCGCCUGGCCUUGACGAAAACUAUGAUUGGGAUUUGUCUAUAUCGGAUAUACUCGGAAAAGAGGGUGACCUCGAUUUCGUAUCUCUUUCACCAAAGUCGGCUGCGGCUGAUUCAAAGGACACGUCAAAGAAAAUAGAAUCAAAAAAAGAUAAUGACUCUAAAGACAAGAACCAGAUUUCAGAUAAAAGUACUUCAGAAAGUCAGUCAUCCGUCCCUGUGUCCAAAGCUGAUACGGAAGAAUCAGCAACUUCUACCGCAGAAUCUGGAGAGUUAGUACCCCAAGAGGAGUUUGUAGUGACGGCAAGCGGAUUUAGAUGUAAAAAGAUCACAUUCGAUGACAAUCCUGUUAAGGCAGCAGUUCUUUUGACUGAAGAAGAGAAGCGGCGUAAGCGUGAACAAAAAUUCGGACCAAUAUCUAAAGAUUCGGAGAAGCCUGCGCAAAGGAAUCCAGGCCGUUCUACUUCAUAUCAUUCACAAGAUGCAUCUAGAGGUCGGUCAUUCUCUUCCAGAAAUGUGCGAAGUCAACCAAGACCUAAACUUUCUGCCGAGGACAAAGAAAAGUUGAAAAGACGAGCGGAGAAAUUUGGCCUUCAACCAAGAGGAGAAUCAUCAAGUAUAAAUAACAAGACAAAUGGGAAAAAAUCGACAUCGGUUGAUCCAAUCGAAGAAGAAAAACGACGCAGACGCGCCGAAAAGUUUGGUACAGGAAAUGUUCAAAAGCGAAAAGUAGAGGGAGACAAAGAGGAGGUAACAGUUAAAAAACCCAAAGUGUAG